CCGCCUUUUUCUUGCCGUCUCGUUCUAUCUCUUUCGUCUUCUUCGAAAUUUUGCUCUCUGAUCGAUGACUGUCCUUCUCGACGGAAUUUUCUAUCUCCUGAUCGAGACGUGGCUGUGAUCUUCUGCUUUUGCGCGUUAAUUCGGCGGAUCUGCGGCUCGAUUGGAUCGGGGAAUCGUUUUGGAUCAACAUCGAAACCCUAGGGUUGGCGAUUCGGUGUAGGCUAGCGGACUAAGGAUGGUUUGUGGGGGAUGAACGAUUUGGAAUUAGAUUUUUCUCGGUAGAUUCUGUGCUUGGGAUUGGAUUUGCGACGAAGAAAAAGGGGGGAAAGUUUGUGAAAGGAGGCGAGGAUUGAUGGUACUCGAAGGGGAAAAUGCAAGGCGGCUAUGCAUGGGAGGGCAUGUGAGGAGAGGAAAAGGGGACGGCACAUGUGGACAGCUCCCUUGCGUGCACCUGCGAGUGUGAAAGCCAUUACUUCUUCUGCGACUGCUGCGUCUUCGUUGCUUUUCUUGUCCUCUUCACCUGAUUCCUUUUUCAAGGACGGACGCAAAAUUAGUAUUGGUGAUUGUGCUUUAUUUAAACCAUCGCAGAACUGUCCACCGUUCAUUGGUAUAAUUCGUUCAGUAACUUCUGUAAAGGAGAAUCAGCUCAACUUGGGUGUAAAUUGGCUGUAUCGACCUACUGAAGUAAAGCUUGGCAAAGGCAUCCUUUUGGACGCUUUGCCAAACGAAAUAUUUUACUCCUUUCAUAAGGAUGAGAUUCCUGCUGCAUCCUUACUUCACCUGUGUAAAGUUACUUUCCUUCCUAAAGGCGUUGAAUUGCCAUCUGGGAUUUGCUCGUUUGUGUGCUGGCGUGUUUAUGAUAUCACACACAAGUGUUUAUGGUGGCUGACAGAACAAGACUAUAUUGAUGAACAUCAGGAAGAAGUAGAUCAGCUAUUGUGUAAGACACGUUUCGAAAUGCAUGCAACAGUACAGCAAGGUGGACGCUCACCAAAAACAAUGAAUGGUCCAACAUCAACAUCACAGUUGAAGGCAAGUUCUGAUAGUGUACAGAAUACUGGCUCUUCCUUUCCUUCCCAGGCGAAGGGAAAGAAAAGGGAACGUGCUGAUCAAGGUUUUGAACCUGUAAAACGGGAACGUGCUGCGAGGGUUGAAGAUGCUGAUUCUGUUUAUAGUAAAUUGGAGAGUACAUUAAGAUCUGAGAUUGUAAAGAUUACAGAAAAGGGGGGCCUCGUGGAUUCAGAUGGGGUGGAGAAGUUAGUCCAGCUCAUGCUGCCUGAGAGGAGUGGGAGGAAAAUAGAUUUGGCAAGCCGAUUGAUGCUUGCUGGGGUAGUGGCUGCAACAGAUAAGUUUGAUUGUCUUAGCAGAUUCGUCCAGCUGAGAGGACUGCCUGUGUUAGAUGAAUGGCUUCAGGAAGUGCAUAAAGGGAAGGUGGGUGACAGUAAUAGCCCCAAAGAUGGUGAUAGAUCAACUGAGGAGUUUCUAUUGGUAUUAUUACGUGCUCUGGAUAAGUUGCCUGUUAAUCUCCACGCUCUUCAAACGUGCAAUAUUGGAAAAUCUGUUAAUCAUUUGAGAUCGCAUAAGAAUGUUGAGAUUCAGAGAAAAGCGAGGAGUUUGGUUGACACGUGGAAAAAGCGUGUUGAAGCAGAAAUGGAUGCCAAGUCAAGCUCUGGGCAGGGCGUUUCAUGGCCUGGAAGGCGUCUGGCUGAACCUUCUCAUGGAAGCCCAAAGACUUCAGUAUCACACCCUCAUUCUUCUAAAUCGUCUUCAAUUAGGCUGGUCCAGGGAGAAAAUAAUGUAAAAUCUGCGUCUCCAUCCCCUGGCUCUACAAGAUCAGCACUAUCUCCCUCAUCAGGUUGUAUGAACAUGAAAGAAGGACAACAGAAAAAUUCUGGUGGUGUUUCUGGAUCUGAUGUUCCUCCGACGUCUGUAAGGGAUGAGAAAAGCAGUAGCUCCAGUCCAUCUCACAAUAAUAGUCAGUCCUGUUCGAGUGACCAUGCUAAAGCAGGGGGUGUAUCAGUGAAGGAUGAUCCGAGAUGCCCCACCACUGGAUCACUGAGCGUGAAUAAGAGCUCAGGUGGUUCUUCUCGACACCGGAGAUCAGUCAAUGGUCUUCAGGGGUCUGCCUCAUCAGUGGGUCAUAGGGAAACUGGUUCGGUUAGAAAUUCUUCUCUGUCAAAGAAUAACUCAACUUCAGAGAAAGUAUCACAGUCUGAUUCAACAUGUGAAAAGACCCAUGAAGUACAGGCAACUGAAGGUAAUGCUCAUAAAUUGAUUGUCAAGAUACCAAAUCAAGGCUACAGUCCUGCCGAAACCACUGCUACGGCAACCAUUGAAGACACUGCAGUGGUGAAUAGCAGAACUUCUUCUCCUGUGAUUUGUGCGAAGAAUGAUCAAGUUGAUCAGAACCUGAAGGAAGAAAAGACUUGUACUCAUAAAGCAAUUAUUAGCUCUGAUGUGCAUGAUGAAUCAUGGCAAAGCAAUGAUGCCAAAAUUGAACUUCCUGGUUCUGAUGAGGGUGGAGGUUCUACAUCUAUUCCAAGUGAAGAGAGAUGUUGGACAGUAGAUGACGCUAAGAAAAUGGCUGAAGUCCCAAAAGCAAGUGUUCCGGAUGUCCCGAAAGCAAGUUUGCCACAAUGUAUGAAUGAGCUGAAGCCAGAGAAAUCACAUGAGAAUCCUUUUAGCUCGAUAAAUGCAUUAAUUGAAAGUUGUGUGCAGUACUCCGAUGCUAAUACUCCUGUGGCAGCUGGAGAUGACAUUGGAAUGAAUCUUCUUGCUAGCGUUGCAACUGGUGAGAUUUCUAAGUCUGAUAUGAUUUCGCCAAAUGGUUCAUCUCAGACAAAUGAGAACUCAUGUGAGGGAAAUGAUUCAAAGCAGAAUUUGUCCUCUGAUGGUCUUGCUCAGACUCUUCCCAGUGAUGGGGCAAAAUUUGAAAAUGAAAAGCAGGACUUUGUUAGUGGUAAUGCUUGUCCGAAAGAGGCUGACACUAAGGCCGACUUUAACCCUAUAUCUGUUACGGACAGGAAAUUGGAUUCUUCCCCACUGAAGCAACCUGUAAAUCAAUGCUUAGAGAGCAUUGGAUGGUCCAGAGAUGCAGAAAAAACAUCGUCUGCCAUGUCCUGUGCAAAUGACAUUAAUAAGCAUGUGGAUGGUGAUAUGAUAAAAGAAUCCAAUGAGAUAAAAGAUGAUGGCGUCCUAGCUGACGACGCUUCUGAUAUGAAGCAGAAGUUGUCAGCCGAUAUUAGAGUUGGCGACUCAGGUGUUACAGUAGGGGGUGAAGUUCCAUACUCCCAGCCAUUUUCAGAAAGCGACAAAAGUACUCAGGAUGAGCCGAAGCCGCCAAUCAGAAAAUCAAGUUCCGAACUAGUAAGAGGAACUGAACACUCCUCUUUGCGGCUUGGUUCUGGCAAGUGUCUUGUUUCUGCAAAUGUUGAUGAGCUUAAAGCUAAGAAAGCAGAUGAAAUGGAGACAGGCAGUCAUCAUGAUGCUAUAAAGGGGCAGAAAAUAGAAGGAGAGUCUUCUUCUAGUGGGAACCAAGUAGGGGCUGGUUUAGUUUCAUAUUUGACGAACUAUAAAGUUGAGCAUGUAGGGGAGAAUUUGGACGGUAAUGAAGAUAAUGAGCAGCAAUCUGGUGUACACUCUCCGACAGUAUCCUCCUCAUUGACAGUUAAGGACAGAGGAAAACAGUGUGCAAAAGGGAGGGAAUCUAGAUCGAACAUUGCUGUGGCAGAAGUGGCAGACGAGUCUACUUCUCUGGCUGGAGACGCUUCUUCUUCUUCUGCUGCAGACAGAGAUACAAAAGUUGAGUUUGAUCUAAAUGAAGGCUUCAGUGGAGAUGAUGGGAGGAAUGGAGAUCUUGGUAACUUAACAGGAGCAGGAAUAUCAACACCAGUUCAAUUUCCUUUGCCGAUUCCUGCUUCAAUAACAGUAGCCACCGCUGCAAAGGGGCCCUUUGUUCCACCUGAAGACCUGUUGAGGAAUAAAGGUGUGCAUGGUUGGAAGGGUUCUGCAGCUACAAGUGCAUUUCGCCCAGCUGAACCGAGGAAUUCUCUCGAGCGACCUCUUGCUACAAAUAAUGCUGCUCAGGUGGAUGUUAAUACUCGACGACAGAGUCGGCCUCCACUUGAUAUCGAUUUGAACAUUCCAGAUGAGAGAGUCCUCGAAGAUUUCACCUCCCGAACUUCGGGUCAGACUUCAGUAUGUGAUAUUACAAAUAAUUCGUUACAUGAUCUGAAGAUGGGUUCUGCCUCCACUCGCUCUGCUGGUGGGCUCGAUCUUGAUUUGAACAGGGUUGAUGAAACCACAGAUUUAGGAAAUUACACUACCAACAGUCAUAAGUUGGAUUCCACAUUUCAGCCGUCCAAACAAGUAUCAAGUGGUCGUAUGACAGAUGAAGCAGGCGGACGGAGGGACUUCGAUCUGAAUAAUGGACAUAUGAUUGGGGAUGUAAAUCUUGAACCAUCAAUCUUAUUCGGUCAGCAUGCCGCUAGAAGCAGUUUGCCUUCGCAACCAUCCCUUCCCGGUAUGCAAGUUAAUGGUGCCAAUAUGGGGAACUUGUCGUCGUGGUUUGCCGCUGCCAGUUACUCAGCGACUGUUCCCCCCACGGUUAUGCCUGAUAGAGAUCUGCCUUUCCCAAUGGUUGCAAGCAGUGGGCCAUCGAGAUUGCUGGGUUCAACUACUGCUUCAUCCUCCUUUAGUCCCGAUCUUUAUAGAGGGCCAGUCUUGACUUCUUCUCCAGCUGUUCCCUUCCAGUCUACUUCUCCGUUUCAGUAUCCAGUCUUCUCCUUUGGUGCCGGUUUCCCCCUAUCAUCGGCUACUUUCUCUGGCGGUUCUGCUACCUAUCUGGAAUCUUCAUCUGCUGGACCACGGCUUACUUUCCCUCCCGCUAACUCUCAACUGUUGGGUCCAGCCAUUGCAGUCCCCUCCAAUUAUCCACGGCCUUAUGUUGUCAACCUCACGGAUGGCAAUAACAGUGGCGGUGCCAGCAGAAAAUGGUUGAGGCAGGAGCUAGACCUAAACACUGGCCCUGCAGUCCCAGAUGCCGAAGGAAGAAGCGAAACAUCUUCCCGUGCACCCUCAAGGCCAUUGUCGGCUUCCAGUACGCAGACCCGCAUGGAGGAGCAAGCAAGGAUAUUUCAGAUGCCCGGUGGCGUUGUAAAGAGGAAGGAGCCCGAGGGAGGAUGGGAUGGAUAUAAGCAGCAACCUUCAUGGCAUUGAUGUAAAACCCGUUCAUAAGGGGUGGGGAAACUCUCCUUCGUCUGACAUCCUGAGCCACAGAGGAGAAAGGGCGGUGAGUUAUUUUGAUGCUUGCUCGUUAAUGUAUAGUAUCUCUGAAUUCUCAACCUCUGUCAACUUUAUUGGUGAAAGACUCUGUUUUUUUUUUUGGGGGGGGGAGGGGGGGAGAGAUGUUUCCAGGGUGCUUUUUUUCCCCAUAAAAUUUACACUGUGAUCAGUUUUGCCCCCUUUGUAGAUAUCUCCUUUUUUUUUCCGUCUUUCUAUAUCCUCUUAUUAACAGUUAGGGGGGAAAAAAGGCAUAUGGUGCUCCUGCUGGUGUUUGCCCAUCUUCUGAGAUCGGUGUGCUUUUUUUAGUUGCAUUAACAUUACCGUUCAAAAUCAGACCCCAUAGAAGCAUCCAAACUCUUCUUCUUUUAUGCAUCGACAAUGAAGAGGCGGGCAGUAGAAUUGCUCAAUCGGGGAAAAAAAACGCUCAUUUUCCACUGUCAAGUUCUUCGGACAAGGGUUUUCAGGUUUGUGGCAUUGAUAAAAUCUUGGUGGGUCUGGUUUUAUCUUGAAGCACCUUUGGGUGGAGUGGAGGUUAAUGUGUAUGUGGUGGUGGGUGGAGACUUUUGUAAAUGUUUUCUUUUUUGUUUGUGCCCCAAGCUCUUA